AGAGCAGGUCAUAAAGGCAGUACCGCUUUAAAAAUCAGCAUUGACAGUUCCUGGAGUGAAAAUGUGCGUUUCUUUUCGGGGUUUGUAGCUGCUCGCAGUGCGCUACCAACCUUUGCUUCUUCUCCCCGGGGCGGGUAGGCAGAUCCGUGCUCCGUCGUGCCAAUUGGCUGCUUUCCUCGCCUCAGUUUGCCGCUGCUUCAAUUGCACACGUCUACCACCUCUCCGUGCACUUAUGUGGCCUGAGCGUGCGCGCUGCAGCUGGAGCCCAAAGUCCCCGGUCCAAGCUACUUUCUCUUAUCGAAAUGUUUGAAGAUUAACGAUCUUGGCAGCACCGCGCACAGCUUCCCCCCACAGGCCAGAACAGGGCACACUGCGGCGGCUGGACAUUGUUGUUGCUGGUGCAUUAGAUCCCGAGUGGACAGAGCCAUGGCAGAGAAGAGGGUCUCACGGUGGUACUUCGGGGGGCUGGCUUCUUGUGGAGCCGCAUGUUGCACGCAUCCACUGGAUCUACUUAAGGUGCACCUGCAGACCCAACAGGAGGUGAAGAAAAGGAUGUUGGGGAUGGCCAUCCAUGUGGUCAGACACGACGGUGUGCUGGCUCUGUACAAUGGGCUCUCUGCUUCUCUUUGCAGACAGAUGUCGUACUCACUGACCAGAUUUGCCAUCUAUGAGACAGUCCGGGACGUCAUGGGAAAUACGAACAAAGGCCCCAUGCCAUUUUACCAGAAGGUCCUGCUAGGGGCUUUUGGAGGUUUCACUGGAGGCUUUAUAGGCACCCCUUCAGACAUGGUGAAUGUCAGGAUGCAGAAUGACAUGAAACUAUCUCCAGAACUGAGGAGAAAUUAUAAACAUGCCAUUGAUGGUCUCGUGAGAGUCUUCAGAGAGGAGGGAUUAAAAAAACUGUUUUCUGGAGCCACAAUGGCGUCCAGUCGAGGAGCUCUGGUCACUGUGGGACAGCUGGCGUGUUAUGACCAGGCCAAACAGCUGGUGUUGGGCACAGGCCUGAUGGGAGACAACAUCCUCACACAUUUCCUCUCCAGUUUCAUUGCUGGAGGCUGUGCUACCUUCUUGUGUCAACCUUUAGAUGUGAUGAAGACAAGGCUCAUGAACUCAAAGGGAGAGUACACAGGAGUGAUGCAUUGCUUACGAGAAACUGCCAAGCUGGGUCCUUUGGCAUUUUAUAAGGGUCUUGUUCCUGCUGGGAUCCGAUUGAUUCCUCACACAGUACUCACCUUCAUCUUCCUGGAGCAACUAAAGAACCACUUUGGAAUUCGGAUUGUCUCCUAAGCAACAGCAUUCAUCCAACAUUGCAUUAGACACAGGAAUAGAAAGAUAUGUAUUCACCUCCUUCUACCUCUAACUACAAACGCAAAAAAAUGUGCGAUUAUUAGCAAAAAUCAGGUUCUAACAUGUCAAUAAUUAUAAUGCCUUGCUUCACAUCGGACGAAAUGUAAGCUGUACUUCAUUUUUUGUAGAUGUCCAUUUAAAUUUCAUACUUCAAAGCAUAGAUACAGUUAGGAUCGUACCAUCUUAUAAAAAGUAAACAACUAUUAACUGUUUUUUAGUGAUUACAAAAUGACUGGUGAUGUUUAUUUAUGUACUAACUGUAUCCUAGGUAAAUCGAUGAAAAAUUUCAAAUGAUUUUUUUCUCCUAACACAAUUGUAUUUACAGUCCAAUCAUACAGCAACAUUUUAUUAAACUAAUGUCUGAACACCUUAACAAUAAUCUGUGUAGAUUUGGAUGUUGUACUGGCCAAUAUCCUACAGAAAUCUAAGUAUGUUGCAGUCUCAAUUGAGAAAUAUUAUUGAUUAUUAUUAUUGGGUUAUUCUGUUCAAGUUUAGUGAAGUUGAUAUUGUCUCCCAAAUACAAUGUUGAUAUGAUAUGGUUUUAAUAAUAUUUUAAAUACAAGUAUUUUUUUCCAUCAAUGUUAUGCAAUUUACAAUGGACCUAAAGCCUUCUCUUUGAUAGUGUGUUGGGCCUUACCCUUAGAACUAAAACAAGCCAUUAUCUAUGAAUAUUGAGUUAUCAUUUCCAUGUGUUUAAAGUUCUGUACUGUUUAUGCCCAGAUGCUUAAAAUAUAUGUCAAAAAACAUUUAUGGAAGAGGACCAAACCAAAAUUCUGAAUGUAUAAUGCCUUAUAGACCACAAAGCGGUACAUUCUCCACAUUUCUGUAUCUGUGUCGAGGGAAUACGUCUGCAUUCAAUGCUGUUUAUCUCAACAAGGCACUUUAAUGAAAUCCUGAACUUUAAAUUGAGGGAACGCAAGCUGGAACCAGGAGUUAAAAUGACAAAUGUGAAAAGUACACUGGAAGGCAAGCUUUGAACAGGUUUUAUUUUUAAUGUUACAUUUUUCUAGUCUUACGCACUGUACCUGGUGCAUUGUCAGUAUUGUCUUUUCUAAAUUCUUCCAAAAGGGGGCGGUGUUGUAACAAUUUCCUGUCUUGAAAUCAUGUAACUCUCAUGUCAUCUCAGUCCAACUUGUUUAUUUCUGUUUUAUAGUUUGUUAAUUAAUUUUAAUUAAAUUACUAAUGAAAACAGUG